AUGGCUUUGUCUGCUGCUGGAUUCCCAGGGGCGCUGCCCGACUGGACGAACUUGAAUAUCCUUCAACGACACAAUCUGCCUGCUAGAGCCCAUUUCUACUCCUACCCCGAUCAAGCAUCCGCGCUGUCCUUUGAUCGUGAUCAAAGCUUUCUUCACAGCCUCAACGGCACAUGGAAAUUUCACUAUGACCCCAGCCCAUUCGACGCCCCAAUUUGGGAAACGGCAAAUACCACCUCAUGGGACGAUAUCGAAGUUCCUGGAAUGUGGCAGCUCCAGGGCUACGGCAACCCCCACUACACCAACAUAGACUACCCUUUCUCUGUCACUCCUCCCAAUGUCUCCUACGUCAACCCAACUGGCUCUUAUUGGCGUCAGUUCGAGGUACCGGAGGACUGGGAGGGCGAUCAGAUUAGACUCCGGUUCGAGGGAGUUGAUAGUGCGUUCAAUGUCUGGGUGAAUGGCGAAGACGUUGGAUAUGGUCAAGGAAGCCGUGAUCCCAGCGAAUUUGACAUCACGGACUACCUCUCCCCUGGCAAGGCCAAUGACCUAGCUGUGCGUGUAUACCAAUGGUCCGAUGGCUCUUACAUCGAGGACCAGGAUCAAUGGUGGCUCUCAGGCAUCUUUCGCGAUGUGUAUCUCAUCCCCUUUGACAAAUCAUCCAUAGUUGACUAUCAGGUCGAUUCUGAAUUGAGCGACUCCUUCGACGAGGGCUCGUUCAAGGUCAAUGUUACUGUGCAAGGCAAAGAAGGCGAUCUGGCUAUUAAGCUUCUCUCCCCCACUGAUUCAGUUAUUGAUGAGUGGAAAGGGUCUUCAUCAGACGUUUACAAAAAGAAACUGUCUGGUGAAGACUUCCAUAUCUGGUCCGCCGAAACGCCCAACCUCUACACCCUGCUUAUCACUUUCAACGGACGGACUGUUAGUCAAAAGGUUGGACUUAGGCGAGUCGAGAUCAAAGGGUCCAACUUUUACGUCAAUGGCAAACCCAUCAUUCUAUAUGGAGUCAACAGACAUGAGCACCACCACCUCACAGGACGCACAAUUAGCUACGAGAACAUGCGAAAGGAUCUGUUACUCAUGAAGAGAUCCAACAUCAAUGCGAUUCGUACAGCCCAUCAGCCUCCCCACCCAGAUUUCUUCGAUGUGGCUGAUGAACUGGGUUUUUAUGUAAUUGCUGAGUCUGAUCUUGAGUGUCACGGUUUCAGAAGCUUUGAAGACACUGAAGAGAAGGCAGCCCAGUGGCUCUCUGACAAUUCGGACUGGGAAGAUGCAUACGUUGACAGAGCGCGUCAGCUUGUGGAGCGAUUCAAGAACCAUGUUUCAGUUAUUAUUUGGUCGCUUGGCAAUGAGUGCUUCUAUGGCCGAAAUCAUGCUGCUAUGAGCAAGUGGAUCAAGGAGAGGGAUCCAAGCCGCAUCAUACACUACGAGCAAGAUCAUGAAGCCAAGUCAACCGAUAUGUACAGCCAGAUGUACAGCGAGCCCGAUUAUAUGCGACAGUUUAUGAAGAACCAUACUGAUAAGCCCCUCAUCCUGUGCGAAUACGCCCAUGCCAUGGGUAACGGCCCAGGUGGUCUAGAAGACUACGUGGACCUCUUCAGAACAGAGCCGCUGUCACAGGGUGGUCUUGUCUGGGAGUGGAGUAACCACGGCAUACUGAAGAAGGAAGAAAACGUCACGUACUAUGCAUACGGCGGUGACUUCGGCGAUGUACCCAAUGACGGAGACUUUAUCAUGGACGGCUUGACGCUGUCUGACCAUUCGCCCAUGCCUUCACUAAAAGAGUAUGCCAAGAUCAUCCAGCCAAUUUCAGUCAAGUUGGCAAAGAACGGAAGCGCAAUGACUGUCAUCAACCAUUAUGACUUUUCCGACUUGGACCACCUGGAAGCCACAUGGCAUGUCGUGGCAGAUGAUCUCAAAACAGAACCACGUUCUCUUUCCUUACCUCGGGUACCUUCUGGCGAGAAUAGAACUGUGGCGCUACCUUCAGGCUUUAACAGUACUGCAAAGGAAUCUUGGAUAACUCUUGAGUUCAAGCUUAAGAAGGAUACGCUAUGGGCUCCUAAAGGACACCUUAUUGCCUGGGAUCAGCUCCAUAUCCAACGUCCUACGACCAAGGCCAGGGACACAAGGUCACUUGCUCGUCGUCAGAACAAUGCAGAGUUUGAAAAGAAGGGCACCAAACUCAGCUACAACAGUGGAGACGCCUCUUUCGGAUUUGAUUUACUCCAGGGCAAUGUGACCUGGAACAUUAACGGCGUCGAUAUCUUCCAGCGUGGCCCUGAACUAACGUUCUACCGCGCCCUCACCCAAAACGACGCUGCAUCCUCAGGCGAUGGGCCGAUCUGGGAAAAAGAAAAUAUCCACAUGAUGUACUCCCAAGUCAGAGAUGUCACAUGGCGAGCUGAAGACGAUGGCGCUGUGGUUCACUAUAAAGUCUGGGUAGGAGCGAAGACGCAAGCCUGGGGCGUCGAGGCCGACAUGAUUUACAAGAUCCCAGCUUCCGGUCCGCACUUGCAACUCCAAGCUCGUGGGGAGUUCGUCGGCAAGAAUGAAUCCCAUGUUCUUCCCCGUAUUGGCCUCACAGCAGUUCUCCCAGAGUCUUUCAACGAUGUGGCAUGGUUCGGCCGAGGACCAGGAGAGAGCUACAAAGACUCCAAACAGGGCUCCCGUAUCGGCCAGUACGAGUCUACUGUUCCGGACCUUUUCACUUACUACGACUACCCUCAAGAAAAUGGAAACCGGGAGGACCUGCGCUGGCUGAAGAUUGGCAACAAGGACGUGACGCUUGACACGCGACGGAACAAGGAUGAAGCUUUUAGUUUCACUGCUCGGAGGUUCAUGCCUUACGACUUGGAUGAGGCUAAGCAUCCCCAUGAUUUGAAGCCGUUGAACAUGACGGUUUUGCACCUGGACUAUGAUAACAAUGGCUUGGGAUCUGCGACUGUUCGGGUGCGGCCGUUUGAGAAGUAUAGGUGUUAUGCGAAGCCGUUUGACUUUACCUUUGACUUCAGUGUAGUUUAG